AUGCGUCUAUAUAAGCGAAAAAAAUACACAGAUGACGAUAAAUAUGGAAGGUCUUUGUUGACUUUAAUUGAUUUACCUGAUGAGGCUCUUCUUCUCAUUUUGAAAAAAUUGGACAAUAUUGCAGUGCUCUACUUAUUCAUCGAUUUAAAUGAAAGUUUUAAUAAACUCGUACAUGAUUCAAUUUUUACCAAUCACUUAACAAUGAUAAGAUGUUCUUCUAAUGGUUCAUUUGAUCGAUUAGAUGACCACAUACAUGAUCGGUUUUGUUCACAAAUUUUAUCUUCGAUUCAUCAUAACAUCAAAUGGUUAGAUGUUGAAUGUUCGUCUAUGGAAGAUGUUCUUCUUUCUACUAGUUAUCCUAACUUAUCGGGACUUGGUUUACAUAAUAUCGAGAAGGGCAUUGCAUUAUGUAUUUUUACUGAAGAAACUCCUUUAACUCACAUAUUUCAAGAUAAAAUUUCAUCACUUGUUAUUGAUGUUGUUGAAUGUGAAAGUUCAAGUAUGAAUGACACAAGCAAUUCAAAUAUAUUUGCACACAUUUUAACUUUAUUCUCCAAGUUAAAAUAUUUCGAUUAUAGAUCAUCUUUUUGGUAUCAAUCAUUAUUUGAAAUGUCUACAACUAUUUCCUCUUUGAUUCUGUUAGAAUUGCAUAUCAAACUGGACAAAUUUGCAGAUUUUCUUUAUUUACUUGAUGGUCGUUUCGAUUCAUUUGAAAACGUUUUUCUUGAUAUUUGUCAAAUAUCUACUCCAGAGAUAAAAGAAUUACCGAAGCUAAAAGCGUUUUCUCUCUAUUCUGACCUACCUACAUUUCAAUAUAAUGAAUUGAUUGUACCACUUCUAUACCGAAUGGUCAAUCUGGAAGAACUCGAUUUACAUCUUGUCGUGCAUUGUGAGAAAAGAUUUGUUGAUGAUUAUAAUUUGAAAUAUAUACAAUAUCAUUAA